AUGGAUCGUGAGUUCGACGAUUGCCUAGAGCAAUGCGGCGGAAGUUUGGGUGUGCCUCUUACUCAACCAAUGAUGGGGUUUGCUCCAUUUUCUCAAGCUUCAAACGUCUUUGGCUCGGGAAAUAAUCCAACUCCGGCAAGAUUACCAACCGUUGAAGAAGAAGCGCUGGAGGCGAAGCCUAAAGCCAAGGGGCCGCGCCCCACCUACACAAGUGAGGAGACGGAGCUCAUAUGCAUAUUGUGGGCGGAGGCUACCCACAAUCUGAUUUUGGGAACUUUCCAAAAGUUGCUCCAAUAUUGGGGCUUAAUCGACGAGAAAUACAACGCCCUCAAACCGCCUGGUGCUUCUAGACAUAAGCCGGAUCAUAUCAAAUCCCACUUCAACCGAGUCUCGAAGGAGGUGAGACUUUGGAUGGACUACUACAAAGCAUGCCACGAUAAUUGGGGUAGCGGGAUGAGUGAUGAUCAAAUCAUCGAAGCCACCCAGACGAUGCACGAGGCUCACCACAAGAAGAGAUUCGGCUAUAUCAAAGCUUGGAAAGUUCUCCGCGAAUGUCAAAAGUUCACGUCGCAAGCCACCGAUGUCCACUCCGCUAAGAAGUCGAAGGGAUCCGACACCGAGGCAACUACUACUUCAUUGGAUCCGAGCAUCACCACGAGGCCCCAAGGCACGAAAGCGGCAAAGCGCGAUAAAGGCAACGGCAAUAAGGGGGAAGCAUCUUCCACUUCUACACAGUCGUCUUACUCCGAGGUGCUUGAGAAAAUCGCCGUCGAAAUGAAGGAACAUAAGGCCCAAAUCCAUGGCAUCGCCAAAGCCAAGAAGACGCUCGCCGCGGUGAAAAGAGAGGAGCUCGAUUUGAAGAUUCUCAACAUGGAUACUUCGAAGAUGAACGAAGCUCAAUUGGCAUGGCACAACCAUUUGAUCCAAGAGGUGCUCAAGCGUCGGGGAAUUAUGUAG